AAAUAUUUAGUAUUUAAUAAUAAAAGCUAAGAAAUGAAGAAGAAUGUGAAAAGAAGAGAUAUGAGUAGUUUCAGUUUUAUAAGACUGAUGUUUAAUCAAAGAAUAUGUAUUCCUCACGAAAUGGCGUUUGCCAAAGUCCUCAUCAUCUUUCUUCUUGUCUAAAAGGCAAGAUUGAUACUGAUACUGAUAAUAUGUAUUGUACAAGGAGGUUAGGUUUUGUAUGUACAUAGACUUUCUUUGGUUUAACCGUGCACUAUUUCAUGAAGUAAACAUGGAUUUCAAUGUGGAUGUUGCUGAGUUUUUUAAUGCAGAACUCGGUGAUGAACUUCCAUCACUAAGUAAACUACAAGAUAUUUUGGAAAGAAUAUCAAAUUAUGAAAGAGAGCUAGAGAACGAGUCUGCUGUGCAGUGAAGUUCAACCAAUUAAGAUUGAUCCCAAAUGAAUCCUAGAUAGCUUUGUAAUCCAUCUAUCUACCAAUCAAUCCACGUAAUCUGGAUCCCAGCCAUCUGCCUUCCUUUACUGAGAAUGCAGGCAAAGCUUUGGAGCAAAUCAGUGAAUUAACAGAGCAAUGUGAACAACUUCACGCAUCUGCUGAAGCUGAAUUAGUGCAACUAGAGCCAAUUAAACAACAUUUUGCCUUACGAGUAAAGGAAUUACAAGAAAUUCAAUGUCUUUAUAAUUAUCUUCAGUGGAUUUUAAAAAUUGAAGAUGAAAACUGUAAUAUGGAAGAAGCAAUGAAAAGUGAUCUCGUACAUCAGAUGAUUGAAGUCCACUCAAGAUUUAAAUCUUAUUGGGAUGAAAUUCAUACAUCAGAUUGCAAAAAUCUCAUUGAUUAUGUAAAGAAGACUGUAUCAUAUUGGCAUGAUAUAUUGAAAGAAAAAUUUUCAAGGGAAUUUCAAAAGACUCUUCAGAAUUUGCAUUGGCCAGUACUUUCAACAAAUCUUACUGCUCCUUUAAAUCAAUCUCCUGAUGUUUUUUUGAAGUUUGAACAACUUUUUGUGUCAAUACACAGAAUUGCUUUGCCAGGUGAAUUCAUCAAGACUGAAGAUAAGAAAGAAAGCAUGGAGGACACUGCUCUUUUAUUGCCACUGCAAAUCAUGCUGCAACCUCUUCAGAAACGAUUUGUGUUUCAUUUUAUGAGCAAGAAACCUACUAACAGAUUGGACAAGCCAGAAUGGUAUCUUACUCAAAUUCUUACGUGGAUCUCUGAUCAUACACGUUUCAUGGAAAAGUCUGUGCAGCCUAUUUUAGAUAGAGAAGGAUUGUCUAAAAUUAAUGCAAGAACACAGUUAAUGAGGGGUUUAGUUAAUCUAGCCGUCAUGCGUUUAAAAUCAGAUCUACCAUGCUUGGUUGAUGAUGACAGAUUACUUAGUCAUACUAUUGAUGAAAUCCUGUUAUUUUCCCAAGAACUUCAAAAUCAAGGUUAUCCAUUAAGUUAUCCAAAUGUUAUGGCACUGUUGACCACAGAGCCAUGUUUUACACAAUGGCGAUCUCUUGAGCACCAAAGUGCCUUGGAAAAAAUGGAUAGGUUCUUAAGCUUAGAGACUGCUUGGAAAUCUCGAUAUCAAGAUGAAAGUGAUGUAGAUGAUAUGUUGGUUCCAGAAAGUGCUGAGCUUUUUGUCACGCUUCUUCUCACUAUGACUGAAAGGUACUGCAAUCUGGCAGAUAAAGAAUGCCAGCUUUCUUUCCUGGAACUUCAACUAGAGCUUUUAGAUGAUUUUAGACUUAGAUUACAUCAAUUGUCACAGUGCGAGAUGCAGGACACAAUUCAGCCAAACUAUUGUAGUAUAAUGAAUGCAAUUUAUUACAUUACAACAGUCUUGGAAGAGUGGAACAAUUUACCAUUUUUCUUGCAACUUUAUGCAUAUAAAAAGAACAAACUUGUGUGUGAAGAACUGCUAAAAGAUCCUGAUAAACAGCAUAUGAAUAUUAUGAAAAGGAAAGAAGCCAGAUUUUCCAUACAUUCUGAGGAACAGUUGUUGGAAGCUUCAGUUUUUGAUGAGCCAAUUGGACUUUUUCAACACAUAUUAAAAGAUCUGUUGCAGAUUUUAUGUGAACGGGUUAUGCUUGACAUUAAAGCAAAGAGCAGACCAUACAGGAAAGAAAAGUGGUUUUGUAUGCCUGCUGUGCAUGAUAAAAAAUUACUGGAAAUAUCUCCAGCUGCUCAUCCUAUGUUAGAAAUCAUCAACUCCAGUUUGUAUCGUCUUCAGGAAUUGUUGGCAAAGCCUCUUUUCACAAAAGUUUGGCAGCAAAUUGCUGCUGAACUUAACAUUUAUUUAUAUGAAGAAGUAAUUCUACAGAAUAAUUUCAGUGAAGGUGGAGCUGCUCAGCUGAAUUUUGAUGUGACUCGUAAUUUAUUUCCAAUUUUCGGAAGUUAUACUCUAAAACCAGAGAAUUACUUCAAACUAGUCAGAGAUUCUUGUGUGCUGUUAAAUUUAAGUAGUGCACCAGCAAUGCUUCUUAGAGAAACUUUAAAACAUCAAGAAGGUUUUGAAUCAAAAAGCAGUGCACUAGAAGAACUUGGAGUAUACACCUUAUCACCAUCCCAAGCUUUAUUGAUACUUUCACAAAGGAAUUAUACAAAUUUAUGAUAGUCAACUUUUUAAAAAAAUAUUGUUAUUAUAUGUAAUGUAUUUUGAAAUAAAAGAGCUGCAUGUAAAAUAAAUAUUUAUUCUUGUGAAUAAGAUCAUUGAAAUUCUAUGAGGAAUGUCAUUUUUUCCAAAAUACUUAUAAUUAAGUGCAUUGAUAUUUACCAUCAAAAAAUAUAUUUUCCUCAAAAUGUUUAGGUGAUGUUUAUUACUGCUGAAUUUCUCAUAAUUAGCAAAUUUCAAAAUCUAUACAAUGUCAAAAUCAGAAUUACUUUUCUUUGAGGAGCACACUUAAUUUUUGUGUCUUAAAAUGUAUUAAGUCAUUUUAAAUUGACUUUAGUUUCAAAUAAUGGCUUAAUAGCCGUUAAUAUUUAAAUUGUGUUAUGUCUAUUGAUGACAUAUCACUUUUUUUAUGGCACAAAAAAAAAAAAAAAAAAAAAAAAAAAGAAAGAGAGAGAGAGAGAGAGAGAGAAAAGGAAAACAAUACAAAGGUUCAGUACUGAAUUUUUUCCUCUGAUUGCAAUCAAGUUGCCAGUGCUAAUUAGUUGAAAUUAUUAUUAUUCAUGCCUCAGCUUUUCUGUAAAAUGUCAUGUGCUUAUGGAAAGAAAUUUAAAUGAUUCUUUUUUUAUUUGAUUUCAUGUUUUUGAUAUUAUGCUUUUGUAAUUUCAGAUAUUGAGAAAGUAUAAAGUUUUGUUCAUCCAUUCA